AUGCAAAUAGAAAAGAUUAAAACUCCAUCUGAAUUGGAGUAAUACGUUAGAGCUAGUUUGCUGAAGAAAGACGAUUUGAAUUUAGAAAAAUUUUAUUCAUCUGAUUUGGGUAUCAUAUUCGAGGGUCUUAAAGUUUAACACAAAUGUGCCUGCAAAAAAAAAUAAUGCUUUUGUAAAAGAUAUGAAAAUAUGGAGAAAAACAAGAAGUAGGACUGCAAAGAAAAGAAAAGAUUUCUAAUAAAAUUUAUUGAUAAAUUAUUUGAAUAGCACCUAAAAAUGAGGAAAAAAGAAAAGAAUUUCGAUAAAAAUUUUUUGAUAAUAUAUUGUUCUUUUAUAAUUGAAAUCCUUAGAUGUCCUGUCAAGUCGUAUGUAUAUCUGCUGCUACUUGAAUAAGAUAGAGAUACUUAAUCUCUUGAAUAAAGAGUGCUGAGCUAUUUACUACAAAGAAAAGCAAAAGUUUAGUUUGAGCAAUAUUUAAAAUUUGAAGAGUACAAUCACUUUGAGCAAUCCCUCAUUUUCUGUGAAUAAAUUGACAAUUUUAAAGAGAGAUUUAAGGCUUUUAUUAUAAAGAAAAGCUAAAAGCUUUAGCAAUAUGCGUUUAUAUUUGCUAACAUUUAUGAUUUAAAAAGAUAAAAAUUUAAAAGAAAUCUAUCCAAGAUAUACAAAAAAAUUACAUUAUAAAUGAUCAAAAUUGUGUAAAAAUCUUAUGAAAUUUUCCAUAAAUAAACUGGUGUUGUUUUUGUUUCGCUUCUCAAUCCGUUAGGAAAAAUAAAAAGAGCAUCUAAAAAUCUUUUAAAAAUAUUUGGAUAUAAUUUUAAAGAGCUGUAUGAUCAAUCAAUCAAUAUUCUAAUGCCUCCAGCUAUUGGAAAGCAUCAUGACAAAAUUUUACAAUUUUAUAUUUCAAAAGGUGUGGAGCAUCCUACUGAGAUCAAAGAUAUGAAUAAAUUUCUUUUAGGAACAGAUGAUUUUGGUUUAAAUGUUUUAUUUUAAGUAAAAUCAUGCAAUAGUGAAUUUAUUUACUUUGACAAAAUUCAAAUAAGCUCUUAUAGAAAUAAUCACAGUUCUUAAGAAUAGAUUCUAGUAAGCUUUACUAACUUAGAUGCUGAGCCUCCUUGUGUCUUUAAUGAUAAUUACUAAAAUCCUGGUUCUUAAAACAAUGGUGUAAUGAAUUAAUAAUAAAAAGAUGGCAAUAAUUCUAAAAUGAAAAAUAGUGUUUCAAAAAAUGCUCCUACUGAAGAAAAAAAUGAAUAAGAAAUAGAAGAGUAAAAUUAAAAAAUUUUUAAAUCACUAGGUUAUUGUAUUUCUAACAUUACGCCUUCAGCUUAUGUUGAAAUUUUUCUAAGGUGUGGAAUAGAUUUUGAAAAAGUUCGAUAGAUGAAUUUUCGUAAAUUGAUUCCUCUCAUGUACUUAGAUUUAGAAAUAGGUAGAUAAUACAAAACAGUAUUUAUCCUUCCUAAAAGUGAAGUUCUCAACAAAUUUUACUAAGUGAAAAGUGAUGCCUACGUUGUUAAAAAUAAAUAAAUUGUGUCUUUAUUUAAACUGUUGGAUGAAUCUUCAGAAAACGAUUAUGAUGUUUUUGAUUUUUCAUUUAAAAUUCUUAAAUAAGUGGCUAUAAAUGCAUAAGAAUUUUUUUAUCUAGAAAUUUGUGAAUAUUAGAAAAUAGAAAAGGCGUUUGAUUCAUUUACAUUAAUUAACGAAGUAAAAUAAAUUAUCUGCAAUAUUACUAAGAUUAAGCUUCCUAAAAGCUAAAAAUAUUAAAUUUAUAACAAAACAAAACUAAAAGUGUCAAGCAUGCUUGAAAAAAUCAAAGAAAAAAACAGUAAAAAUGCAACAAAGUUAAGUGACCCUUAUUAAACAUAAUUUGUUUAAAAUAAUAUAAUCUUAUCUGAUUCUGUAUCAAGCGAAGAUAGUGAUGAAGAAUAAUAUACGAUUAAUGAAGGUAAGAAAUAUUCCUAAGAUAAUGAAGCAGAAAUUCUAUAAAACUUGUUAGGUGAAAAUAUCCACACAAAUGAUAUAACUGAGAUGAGUGAAAUGGCUGAAGUUCCACAAUUAACUCAAAAUAUGAACUCUUUAAGCCUUUCUCCUAUAAAAUUAUAGAACUUAAUUGAUAAAGAUUCGAUUGAAGAAUCCAAAUUAGAUGAAAUCUUUGAAUUAAAACUAGAAAAUUAAAAUCAAAAUUUAGAAAAUAUAUAAAAUGGAAAAUAAAGCAUUUUUAAGUAAGAAAUGAACAUGUAAAUUUAAAAAGCUAAUAACUAAGCUUACUCGAAGCUAAACAAUCAAAAUUCUUUAACUAAUCAAAAUUUUGAAAAUAAUUUAAACUAAAAGUAUUUGAAAAGCUUUAACAAACAGCUUUCCUUCCAAAAAUAAGCAGUUAAAAAUCACAAGCAACUCAUCAAAAGAAAGUCAGUUCAGCAGAAAUUUUUCAAAAGCUAACCUUCUAAUAUAUUGAGCUUUGCUUCUAUAAUGAAAGAAAAAUCUUCUGAAUUACAUCACUUAAAUUUCACAAAAAACUUAAGUUAAACUCGAAAUUCUUAGAAAUUAGCUAAUCUAUAAUAAAAUAACUAGUAGCAAAAUAGAAAUUAAUCUCCUAGAUCAGAAGUUCCAUCUGAGAGUAGUUAAGAUAAAAAGCUAGAUGAUAAUGAAGAUGAUAAUGACAAUAGUGAUGAUUCAGACUUAAAGAAAGAUAAUAAAAAUUUAAGUAAAAAAAAGCGUUAACUUUUUUUAAAUCUUGAUUAAAGUCAAGAUAACUUAAAUAUAUCAGUAGACAUUUCUGAAAUGCUUAACGAUUAUGUUGUCAGUUAAAUUAAUGAUAAAGCUUCUGCAUCUUCUUUUAGAAAUGAAUUCAAUGCACUAAAAAGAAAGAUCAUCAACUAUAUUUUUGACCUAUCAAAACAUGCAUUGAUUUAUAGCAUUCUAAUUUUUGGAAUUGUUUCGUAUCUAUUCUUUUUAACCAUGACUUUUGUGACUUACAUAAUAGUGAAUUAAAGUUUCACUAGUUAAGUAGAUAGUAUAGAUCAAUUAAGCUAUUCAUCUUUAUUAGUUGAAAGUCAUCUCUAUGUGGCUAUGAUUGGCUAGCUUAUGGUGAACUACAAUUUAGAACUUUCUAGCUAUAGUUUAAAUCAAACACGGAUAGAAUAAUUAUUUGCUGUAAUAUACAACUAAGUGCUUAAUUAAAGCAUUUUAAAUGCUGAUGAUUCAGUGACUUACGUUUAAAACCUUUUAAAAUUUGGAUUUAUUCUUAUUGAAACUGUAUCUAUACUCAGCUUAUUAUUUGUAAUUCCUCUUUAUUUAGCAAUUUAAUAAUAAAGAGAGAUAAUCUUGAAGUUGUUUUCCAACUUAACGAGAGAAAAAAUAGAAAAUAUUAUUCUGUAAAUCGAUUAAUUUUUGACUUUCAUAUCUCAAAAGUAAAGUAAUGAAAAAUCUUCUUUUUACUCUACAAAGAAUAACUAUAAAUCAAUCGAAAAUAUUUAGUGGAAAAAGAGGGCUAGCAGCACAACAAGCAAUUUAAAAAAAUGUAAAACAUAUCUCAUAGUUAGCGGAUUUGUUAUUUUAUUGGUAGUUUCAGUUUAUCCUUGUGUUAAUUUCUUCUACACAAAUAAUUUUUUGUCAAAUUACAGUAAGUUGAUUGAUGAAUAUGUAAGUUUAGUUAGAAUUAAAAAUUUAAAUCUAAUUAAACAAACUGUUCUAUAUUCUUAAAUUCACCAAACUAUUGGUACUCAGUAACAAAUAAAAGAUAUUAUUUUCAAUUUUGAAUAAACAAUAGCUGAAGAAACUUUAAAACUUCAAGGUCUCUAACAGAUAAAGGGCGACUUUGAUAAAAGUAGCGGAUCUUAAAUAUCAUAAUACGAAAACAUAUUUAUAAAUCCAUUAUCAGAAAAUAUUUGUAACUUGAUUGAUACUAACUAAUUACCAAUUUAUAGUAUCGAUUCAAACAUAACAUAAAUUGAGGGAUGUGACCAAGUGUGGAGUGGAAUACUUCAGUCAGGAAUUCUAGUGGCUAAUAUUGAGCUAUUUACCUAGCAAGACAGCAUCUAAAAAAUAUUAGUUGCCUCUAACUCUAAUAGAGCCUUAUUUAUUGAGAAUUUUAAAAAAUGGGAAUCAGUUGACAAAACGCUAAAUGAGUUUGAUAAACUACUUUACUGGAUAAAUGCUGUCUAUAAAACAAUCUAAUAUCAAGCUUAAAAUGAAAAUAAAAGUUAAUUUUAGCUAAUUAAAGAAGUUCAACUAAUACUUUUGUUGAUAGCUAUUGUUUUAAUUACAAUCAUUUAUCUUGUGCUUUGGAACAUAUUUAUCUUUACGAUUUACAAAGAAUUCAUCUAUACAAAACAAUCUCUGUCUUUAUUGCACAGUUCUUUGAUCAUGGAAAAUAACUAUUUCCUCUCAUUUUUAAAAAAUUAAAAAUUAAAUUGA